CCACCAACUUACCCAAAGGUCCAAAAAAAGAAAGAAUCAUGGAGUUGAAAGAAGAAGAUUUGGCGGUUAAUCACCACACUGAGACGGAUGAUGUAAAGAAUGAUUCUCCUGAUAAAAAUUGUCAUCAAAUGGUGGCUUUGGAUAAGGUAGAAGAUGAGAGUGUGAAUCAGGAUACAAAUGCAACCACAGCACAGCAUGUAGCAGAUGCUUUUGCAAAUGCACUGUUCCAACACUAUUCGUUUACCAUGCCGACAACUGAAGAAAAAGACGUUACAACUGGGCUGCCGAUGCAUGCCCAACUUGUGGCUGCAGUGGUAGCAGCAGCAGCAGCAGCUGAAAAGAAUGGACCCCAUGGGUCGAUUGAUUAUGGUUUUACUCCUACUCCAGACCCUGCUACCACAUCUGCCCCCUCUAUGGACCAAACAAUGUUUGAUGGGCAAAUGGUCCCUGGGUCCCUAAAGCGGAACCUAAUGAAAUUAAAGGUUCGAGAAGAUAAUCGGGCAAGAAAGAAGCGGUGGAGAGAACACAAUGAAGAGCGAAACAAAGACAAUGAUUUGCGAUGCCGUGUGAAUAAGCGCGCACACAAGCUAUUUGGCAAAGAUGACACGACGCACAAGAAGCAAUGGGUUGAAGAAGAGUUUCAACGCCGCCGGGCAAAGCGUCAGGAAAAGGAACGCCACAAGCAGGCGAUGGAUGGUGCUCUGCACGCAACCCAUGCUGCAGCUCUCAAGCUCAACCAAGACCUUAGUGCUUUUCUCAAGUUUUCUAAGGAGAGUAAUGCAAGUGCUGCUGCGCUUGUUGCUGCUCUUCAGAGCCCACAACUCCUGCAGCUGCUCACCCAGACAGCUGGAGCUAUUCAAACAUCCACAGCCACAUCCGCAAUCACGAAUAGUCCGACCCAGACCCACCAAACCCAAAUUCAACACAAUCAGAAUCAGGCUCAUAGCCAAAAUCAGGGCCAGAUCGAGAAUCAGAAUGAUAGCCAAGGUCAGAGCCAGAGCCAGAACCAUAUCCACAGCCACAGCCACAACCACAACCAUAACCAGGAUCAUCAGAAUGAGAUCCAGAGCCAUAACGAGAUCCAAAGCCAUAGUCAGAACCAAAUCCAGGACCAAAUCCAAAUCCAGAACCAAGACCAGGACCAGGACCAGAGUCAGAGUCAGAUUCAGAGUCAGAUUCAGGAACAAACUGAUUUGGCAUCUACUAUAGCUUCUGCCAUUGCCAGCACAACAACCACAGACACAACUAUCGCAGAAACUGGAGAGCACAUCCUGGCCACUUCCACUUCCGAUUCCACUGCCAGUGUCACUAAUGAUAUUGUUUCUGAUACUGGUAUUGCUAUUGUUUCUGAUAGCGCUGCUGAUAGUGCUACUGCUACUACUCAAGUACAGCCUGAAGAAAAUGAAGUGAGUGCGAAAGAGGAUGAAAGUGGGACUGGUACUGGUGGAACACAGACCGAUUCUAUGGAUGCUGUGAUGACUCUUAUGCAGCUCAAUGGGAGCUGGCGUCAACAAUAGUCUUUAUAUAUUAUUUUUUCCUUGUUUUCAUUUUCUUUUAUAUUUUAUUUUGGAGGACAAAAAAAAAACAAUAGUCUUGUGUAGUCUACCAAGAUAUUCUUGUAUACACAUUGACAAUUAUAUAUAAAACUCUCUUUCUUUCAUUGUU